UGGUGUUUGGAUAACGUCCAGGUGGUGUCUGGAUGGUUCCGUGGGUUCCAGAUUGAGGGUUUGCUUCUGGAGACGGGCUGGAUCUCUCAGCUGGCAGAGAGGAGCCCACGUGACGCCUUUAAUUCCUGUAUCCGCGGCGUGAAAAAUCAGAAUCAGGAAAUCUAGAACUAAAAAAAAAAAAUGACAAACCAAAGGUUCCGAAUACAAUGAAUGCUAUGUGAAGCAGGAAGAGAGCAGGUCAGGGUGCUGGGAGUUCCCCAGGCUGGUUGGUUUGGCUCAGGCUUUUCUGCAGCCGCUGUGAUCGCCAUUGGUUCUGAACCAGCCCGGAACCAAAACGCGACGGAAGGGCAAAGCUUGGGGCAAUGCUUCAUGGAAGGGAAGUGUGCAGCCCGGCUCGCUCUGCUGGUUCUUUUAUUCCCUUUAAAUCAAAAUCGAAGGGGACUCUGAGACUGCAGAGGGAUUGGGAGCAGAAAGCGGAGCGCGCCCGGUUUGGCAGGAAGAGGCACCGCUCUGCUGUGGGCACCUCCUGGGGAAGCGCCGUGGGGAGGGGUGGGUGAGCCAAAUACCUGCAUAGGAAAUAACUCCGAAAGUGCCUCUCUGGAACGCAGGGAGCAAUUAGUGCCAAUCGCUGCCGGCAGGAAGCAAAACCCAACAGACUGUCCUUCUGUCUUGCUGCAUUCCCCCGGUCUGGCCAUCUGCUCUGCCCAAACGACGCACGCAUGGUAGCCACCCGGGGCCACCAGGGAUGCAGUGAGGUGGCCAACGCGCAAUGGCCCAGUCUCGCACCAACGGGUCGCACUACGCACUGACAGCCAUCGGGCUGGGGAUGCUCGUCCUCGGCAUCAUCAUGGCCGUGUGGAACCUCAUGCCCGGCUUCGGACCCCCCGAUAAACCCAAUGCUGGGAAUAGCAGCAAGCCCGACCGCGGCGGCGGAGGCAUUUUUAAGAGCAAGACGUUUUCUGUGGCCUAUGUGCUGGUUGGGGCUGGUCUGCUGCUGCUGCUGCUGUCCAUCUGCUUGAAUAUCCGGGACAAGAAGAGGCAGAGCGAGGAUAUCCCCAGGGUGGUGCAGCACCAAGUGUCCACGGAGCCUUCGCAGCAGGAGGAGGACAGCCAAGAAGAGGAUGAAGAUGUGUCCUCCCGCUACUACGUCCCCAGCUAUGAGGAGGUAAUGAACACAGGCUACUCAGAGCCCCACGACCCGGAGCGGAGCCGCAGGAUCAGUGUCUCACUGCCCUCCUAUGAGUCACUGACAGGGCUUGACGAGGGCACGCAGCCCCCGGGAGCAGCCAAUGCAGAGCCUGGCACCGAGCGGCCACCGGGCCGGCACAGCUCACGACUCAGCAAGCGCCUGAAGCCCCUCAAGGUGCGGAGGAUCAAGUCAGAGAAGCUGCAUCUCAGGGACAUCCGGCUCAACCUCGGUGACGGGAGCAGCACUGGCCCCAUCACAAUUGAGCCAUUGACCCCACCUCCGAAGUAUGAGGAUAUCCAGGAAAAAGCACCUGGAAGCCAACAGUUGACUUAGAAGGGAGGGAUUGGUCAUUGCGCUCAUUGGAAACAUUCGGAGAGGGUUGGUCGUGGAGUGCAGGAGUGUUGGAUGCUCUCUGGAUGCUGAGGUACUGAUCUGGUGGGGACUGCAGCGUUGCACAAACAGGACUGGGUCUUCCCAGGACAGCGUUGUGUCAAACACCAUGGGGAAAUAGCAAUGCUGUGAAGGAUGUGAAGGCUGGAAGAGCCGGACACGUGUUCUGCAUUGUUAAGUUAAGGACCACCUAACGUAUCUUCUCUCCUUUGUGCCUUGCCCCAACAAUGGGUUUCUAAGCCACCAAAUAAGAAUUUUCCAAGAGGAAAAGGGAAACGUUCUGUCUUUCUUUUUUUGUUGUUUCUUUUUGAGUAAGGCAAGUAAAAGUGUCAGGUUAGUGAUGUAGCUGUCACCGCUCUGGACACCAGUGGGGCUGGGAUAGUGGCACGGGGCUGGCCUGAGUGCCUGUGGAGUUGCAUGCUUGCUGGUGCAAAGAGGAAUGAAACAAGCCCUUAAGCUUGUCAGACCCAUAGGCUUUACCCAUAAGAAGUUUCCUACUGGCAUCACUGCCUGUUCUCCUGUAGGAGAGGACCAUAUUUCUUGCCUCAGUGAUUUUCUCUUUUGUGUGUUGUGCUGUGAAUUGACAGGACAGUCCAUCUGGGGCUGGGAACUGCCAUAGCGUACGACUGCCACGAGAUGUUUGAGGUGUCCUGGGUGAAAUGACAAGACCAUGCAGUGGAAGCAGUCCUUUUCUAAAUAAAUAUUUUGUACAUGG